UCUAGUAUCCUUUGAAAUUGAUAUCAUAUCCAGAAUUCAACAAUGCCAUCUGUGCGAUCUAGCCCCUUCUAUAACAUGGAGAACUCAGCCCUCUUUUCUUUGAUCCGGCAUACUACUACCAAUAGCAAUUCCACAUCCGAGAAGCGAUCAUCAAAGUCUUCAUCAUCAUCAUCCGGAGGUCUACUUAAGAUAUUCAAACUCUUCCCCAUGUUGACAUCAGGUUGCAAAAUGGUUGCUCUCUUAGGCAGACCCCGAAAGCCUCUACUCAAAGAUCAUGCCACAACAGGUACAAUUUUCGGCUACCGCAAAGGCAGAGUGAGCCUGGCAAUACAAGAAGACCCUCAUUGCAUGCCAAUCUUUGUAAUAGAGCUGCCAAUGCACAGCAAUGUUUUCCACAAGGAAAUGACAUCCGAUAUAGUCCGUAUCGCACUGGAGAGCGAGACCAAGACGCACAAGAAGAAGUUGAUGGAGGAGUUUGUUUGGGCUGUGUAUUGUAAUGGGAGAAAAGUUGGGUAUUCAAUUAGGAGGAAGCAAAUGUCAGAGGAUGAGCUUCAUGUUAUGCAAACUUUGAGAGGGGUUUCAAUGGGUGCUGGAGUAAUUCCAAGUCCAUCGGACAAGGAAUAUGCAGCGGAUGGGGAGUUGACAUAUAUAAGAGCAAGGUUUGAUAGGGUUGUUGGAUCAAAGGAUUCUGAGUCUUUGUACAUGAUCAAUCCAGAUGGUGCAGCUGGCCCAGAAUUGAGUAUAUUCUUUGUAAGAGCUCAAUAAUUUAUAUGUUAAUUAUGUACCACUUCUAUAUAUUGAUUUAGAUUUUGCUAAUGUAAA